GUCAUUAAAAGUGUUUGCAAAAUGGCUCCGACGCCACACGAAAUACCGCAAGUUAACAUUGAGGAGAAUCGUGUGCCUAGCGAAGAUGCCAAUCAGGAUGACAAACGCGUCGUCAUCUCAGGGAUGUCAGGAUCGUAUCCGCGAUCGCUUCAUGUUAAGGAUCUCGCUGAUGUCCUGUAUAAUAAGGUGGACCCUAUAGCAGAUAGCAAACCGCGUUGGGACUACAACCACCCCGAGGUGCCAAACCACGUCGGUAUAUUACCUGCUCUAGAUCUCUUUGACGGCCAGUUCUUUAGAGUGGCUUACCGUAUGGGAAUCAACAUGGACCCCAUGUCUAGGAAACUGCUGGAACAAGUGUACCAGGCUAUAUAUGAUGCAGGUGUAAAUCCCGAGCAGCUAUCAGGGAAAAAGAUCGGCGUUUACGUCGGAACUUGCUUAUCGGAAACUGAAAAAGUCGUUUUUUACAGCGGGUUUGAAGGCAAAACCGGUUUAGGGAUUGCUGGGUGCAAUAAAUCAAUGUUUGCCAACCGCGUGUCCUACUGGCUAAACGCAAAAGGCCCGUCGCUGGCCAUCGACGGUGGCUGCUGCAGCUCCGCAGUUGCCUUGGAGCAGGCCUAUCAGGCGCUCACUCGGGGUGACUGCGAGGCGGCUGUAGUGGGCGGCUGUAACAUAUGCCUGCAUCCGCAGACUUCCAUUCAUUUUGGCAGAUCCAUUUCUCUAUCCCAGGAUGGUAAAAAUAAAUCCUACGACAAAUCAGCAGAUGGAUGUGUUAGAUCUGAAGGCAUUAAUGUACUCUUCUUACAAAAGGCUAAAGACGCUCUGAGAAUCUAUGCUGACGUAGUUUACUCCAAAGUCAAGUACAUCGCUAAAACACAUCCUGGAAGUUGGAAGCGAACAACGGAAGAAGUCACCGAAUUCCUCAAGGAAUUUUAUGAUGAAAUCAAAGUUUCUCCUAGUGAAGUUGAAUAUGUGGAAGGUUUUGGAGCAGGUGACGCUGAUGUUGACAAGACAGAGUUGGAAGCAAUAGAUAAUGUGUUCUGCAAAGGACGCAGUGAUCCUCUCUACGUCGGCAGUGUAAUGUCAAAUGUGGGCUACUUGGAAUCUGCUUCGGGUAUUGCUGGGAUCACAAAGGUGCUCCUUGGCUACCACACCGGUCAACUAGCAGGCAACUUGCAUUGCGAACAGCCGAGAGACGACGUGGCUGCCUUACGAGAGGGUCGCCUGCAGAUCCUGAGAGACCACAAACCGACAGCGAGGUCUUACAUUGCUGUCAACGGUCUCUCUGUCACUGGCAUCAACUCCCAUGUACUUUUACAUGGACAUUACAAGCCUAAGGACUUGUCUAAAUACCAGUGCAACAUUCCACGCCUGGUUUUAAUAUCUAGCCGGACAGACUCUGCUGUGACGAAAGUGAUAGAAGCUCUGAAAUCAAAACCUAUCGACCCCGAGGAGCUGGCGUUGAUUCAGAAUAUUCACUCUUCUAGAUUAAAUGGUCAUUUGGGCAGAGGAUUCACCAUUUUAGAUACAGACAAUGAAUCAAAAACCGUGAGUUUGUGCGAGAAGGCGACAUAUUUCGACAGCGGAGACCGUCCUCUUUGGUUCGUGUACAGCGGUAUGGGUUCCCAAUGGGUGGGAAUGGGCGCACAACUCAUGCGCAUACCUAUCUUCGCGGCCGCUAUUGAGAAAUGCCAACGAGCAUUACAACCUAAAGGAAUCGAUAUUCUGCACAUAAUAACUUCGACUGACAAAACUAUCUUCGACAAUAUUUUGCAUUCCUUCGUGGGGAUUGCUGCUGUCCAAAUUGGUCUGACCGAUAUACUCCUUGAAUUGGGUUUAGUACCGGACAAAAUUAUAGGGCACAGUGUCGGCGAGCUAGGGUGCGCGUACGCCGAUGGCUGUCUGACGGCCGAGGAGAUGAUUCUGUCAGCUUACAGUCGCGGUCUCGUAUCUGUUCAAACUCCCUUCAUAAAAGGAUCUAUGGCUGCUGUCGGCAUAGGGUUCGAGGAGGUGUCCAAGAUGGUCCCGCCAGAGAUCGAGGUGGCUUGCCACAAUUCCCCCGAGUCCAGUACCAUCUCAGGCCCGGCUGACGUCAUGACACAGUUCGUUGCCGAUCUGACAGCCAAGAGCUUCUUUGCCAAGGAGGUCCCUUGUUCCAACAUCGCCUAUCAUUCAAGAUACAUUGCUGAAGCAGGACCUGGACUGCUCAAGUACUUGAAGGAGGUUAUUACGACACCAAAGCUCCGAAGCGAGCGAUGGGUUUCGACAUCAGUACCACAGGAUAGAUGGGAGGAAGAUCUUGCCAAAUAUUCAUCGGCUGAGUACCACACUAACAAUCUAUUGAAACCAGUACUCUUCGAAGAGACGUCACGACUGAUCCCAAAGAAUGCAGUGCUGGUGGAGGUGGCUCCACACGGUCUGCUGCAAGCGAUCCUCAAGCGGUCGCUGUCAUCGUGUGCCAACGUGCCGCUGACUAGACGAGGACAUGUAGAUAGUGCGAGAUUCUUGCUGGAGGCUAUUGGACAGUUGUUCAUGGAGGGAUUUUACCCUGAUAUUCGCCAGUUGUAUCCAAAGGUCGAGUUCCCUGUCUCCACGGGAACACCUCACCUUUCGCACUUGGUUGAAUGGGCUCAUCAGGAAAAAUGGUUGUCCCCAUCAUAUGCUAGUCCAGAGAGACUUGCAUCUUCUACGUGUAUUUUUAAAAUAUCCCUCCACGACGCUGAACAUCUUUAUUUACAUGGUCAUCAAAUUGAAGGCAAGACGCUGUUCCCAUUUGCCUCCGCCCUAAUCUGUGCCUGGGACACACUGGCCAUGGUUGCGCGUGCGCCGCUCCGCGAGACAUCCGCCACGUUCCGUGACGUCAUACUUCAUGCUCAACCCGUGCUUCACAACUCGCGGCUGCUGCGGCUCACGGUGGCCUUGCAGCGGGGGUCUGGACAUUUCGAGAUUGAAGACGGAAUCUCAAAAGUAGCUUCAGGUUAUAUAGUUUUGGAAGAAACCAAGAAAGAGGAAGUUGCUAUUGAAGAUUCUGAAGACACGGCAGAUAUUGUACUAGGGCGCGAUGAAAUAUACAACAUUCUUAAUGAGCGAGGUUACUUGUAUCAGGGCGAAUUCCGUGGGAUCCGCGGAGUAAACUCCUCAUUGACUGCGGCCCGUGUGCCCUGGUACGGACGCUGGGAGACCUUCUUGGACUCUCUGCUGCAGCUCAACGCUCUUCGCCAGCCGCAUGACCACAUCUCACAGCCGGCGUUCAUCAGGGAGAUUACCAUAAAGACAGAUAUUCAUACUAAAACUGUGGAAAUAGACACAGAUUUGAAGGUUGAAGUGUCUACGGUUCACGAUUAUACCAGAUGCGGUGGAGUUACAUUGAAAGGCAUAAACUUCCGUAAUAUUGUAAAAUCUGACCAAGAUGCUCUGGUUUUUGAUACAUCUAAGUUUGACCAGAAAUAUCAACUCAAAGACGCUGUAAAUGUUGAAAAUGGUGAAAGAUCCAGAACUGGAAAAGUAUUGAGAAGCAGUGCAGUUGGAGAUUUGGAAUCUCUACAUUGGGUAGAAGCACCCGCUUCAGAAGGUCCUGGCAUUCCAGUAAAGGUCCACUUUGCUGGUCUGAAUGCUUCCGAUAUAUUGAAAGUCAAAGAACCGGCCGUUGAUCAACAUGAGUCUAGUGAUGGUGUUUAUGGGAUGGAUUUCAGCGGAACUCUUGAAGAUGGUACGCGAGUAAUGGGUCUGAUGCGCGGCGCGGCGCGUGAGCAAGCUCGCGCGUUACCACAUCUUCUGUGGCCGGUCCCAGCGCACUGGAGUCUUGAGGACGCCGCUACAGUGCCAUUUGCUUAUGCGCACGCUCUCUACUGCCUUACCAUUAAAACGUCAGAGAAAAUAUAUCGAAAUAUGACCGUGUUGGUGAGCGACGGGUCCGGCGCGACGGGACAGGCCAUUAUUGCGUUGGCUCUGCACGUUCAGUGCCGGGUCUUCGUGGUUGUCAGCAGUGUAUUGAAGAAGAACUUCCUGUUAAAAGUGUUCCCUAAGUUAAACGCUGAUGACAUCAUUUGCUGCCGAGACGAUGCGUUUGUUAACCGAGUAUUAUCUGAGACGAACGGCAUGGGCUGUGACAUUGUCAUAUGCAGUAGGGGGCAAUACAAGGAUGCCUACAUACAGUGCUGUGGGCCACUGGGACUUACGCUGGACAUCCAUCAAGUGAAAAGAAAUGAAAACUUCUCCUUCAAAAUGUUCUCACUGACUCAUGAAAGGAGUUAUUUCCGCGUGGAUUUUUCUUCCCUAUUUGAGCAUAAUGAUGUCGAAACUUUCCAGACGCUGCAACGUCUAGUAGCUGAGGGGAUCAGUGCCGGUUGGGUUCAGCCGUUGUCACGCGUGACGUACGCGCCUCAAGACGCCAAGCGCGCGUUCCGUACCCUAGCGCGUGGGGCGCAUCUAGGGAGAGUGCUGUUACGCGUACAUGAGGCGACAUCUCGUUUAGACACUGGUCUCGUAUGCUCCGGAACACGCAGCCAGCUGAUGAUAGGUGACUCGUCGCUUGUAACACGCCUCGCCGCUCACUUAGUCAAACGUGGUGCGCGAAACAUCCAUGUUCAGUUGAACGAGACUGACCGGCUAGCACGACAAGUACAGGAGUGGAAAAAAAUAGGUGUAAACAUCAAAACGACCUCAGAAGACCUUGCUCACAAAGACUGCGCUUCCAAUCUAGUCAAGCAAAGCUUAAGUCUAGGUCCAGUUGAAGGUGUCUUUGUAGUAAUUUCUGAACAGAUCAAUGAUCGGACGCGAGAAAUUUAUAAAGCAUUGCUGGAUAAUUUGGACGCAGAGACUAGAAAAAUGUCAUCUAUCAAAUACUUCGUAGUCAUUGGCAUCAAUAAUUCUGUAGGAGACAAAGUUUGUGUAUCAAGAGCAGCAGACGGAUUCCCAGCUAUGAUGCUUUCCGUAUCUAUAGACACAAAGAUUCAAGGUAGUAUACCGGCCAGUUACAGUGAUAUAGUCAAUGCAACGGAGCGCGGGUUACAGACUAAACAGCCAAUCAUCUUUGCUCAGUAUCCUCCUGCUUCCGAAGAAUCUCUAACACAACAAAUAGAAAACGUAAUUGAUAUCACAAUAACUGGACAUGAUGGUAACAAAACUUUACUAGACUUGGGUGUUACCAAAGACUCAACUCAAAAACUUUGGGUGUAUCUGAGAGACAAGCAAAAUAUCAAUAUCCCUGAAGACGACAUUCCGUUACUCAGUGUAGAAAAAAUACGAGAAAUGGAGGAAACAUUAAAAGUGUCAAAUACACCAGUUGAAGGCCUGACUGCUCUUAUUCCUUUCAUCGAUACUGAUGAACUCAAUGCUACUAUCAAUGUUGUAGUGAUGCACACACUCACACAAGGCAUGGAUAUGAGAGUCGACGAGUUCGACGCAUCCGAAUCAUGCCUGUACAUAGUCCCAGGUCUACAAGGUCUACAUCAACGGUACCUUAAUCUAUGCGAACGACUGAAGCUGGCAGCAGUCGUGUUGCAGCCCGGUCUGGAUAAACCUGACGAGUCGCUGGAAGACAUGACGAAGAGAUAUACCACGAUGAUCCUGAAGAAAAAAGGCGAGAAUAAAAAGUUUUACCUGGUGGGUCACGAACUUGGAGUACUGUCCGUUUUUGAAAUCGCAGCAGCGCUGGAAGAUCAAGGCAUGACGGGUACAGUAUUCUGUCUCGGUGGCGGGCCAGAUGAAUUAAUGGCCGAGCUGAAGCGUCAGAUGUAUGUGGCGUGUUCAGGAGACGAAUCGGAGUCAGCACUGCAAGAGGCAGUGGCGAGGCACAUGUGUGGACUCAUGGGGUAUUCAUCGACGCAGCUACAUGCUGCUUUACGCGACGCACCGACGUGGUCGGAAAAGGUGGAAGAAAGCGUGAGGGCACUACGCGGACGCGUACCUCACUCGAUGCAGUACGCGCGCCUGCUCAUACAGGCGGUUUACGCGCGAAUCACAAAAGCGAGGAACUACAUCAAACCCGAGCCACGCGCCCUCCAGUCACGCGUGGUCGUCCUCCGCUCCCCCUCGCCCUCCCACCUCGACGCCUUAGACCUGCAGCGUCACACGCGUGAGCCCCUCGCGGUACACGACCUCCACGCGCCGCUCUCCCACGCCGCGGAAGACCUGCGCUCCGCUGCCAUCAUAAACCAAUACCUUGACGCAGAGACGCAGCAGGCGUUCAGUAAAAAGACGCUGUGCCAGACCUAUUUGAUGAGCUCGGAAUCUUAUUUCAGGAAGAGUGAAUAGUGUCUGUAGCUUUCUAAAAUACAAUUGUUUUUAACACGA